AGAAUGGCUCUCGUCGACUGAGUCGGCAAUGUUAAUUGGAAGUGGCCCAGGGACCGCGCUUGCCCACGUCGAUGGAAGAGAGCAGUAUUGGGAAGAACAAGGCCCGUUCGUGGCAGGAUCACCAGCUUCGAAGCAAGGAGUCCAGGAUGCCACUGGCGCCGGUGGAUCAGUACGGGGACGAGUAUCCGCAAGAAGCAGGCGCUACCGCUCCGUCGACUGUGCAGAUGGUGCCUGUAGUGUCUUACAUGUUCGUUCCCGUGGUGACGUAUCAGCCGUGUACCGUCGAAGUGCCGUCGGCGACCGAGAUACCGCUGGAUUCGGUGCCUUGCGACAAGCUGACGGAGGCGCAGGAGGUGCCGAAAGAGGACCACUGGAAAGAAGUAUGCCCUUCGGAGACUUACUUUUCAUCGGCAUUGGACAGCAGAAACAGCGUUGCGACGAGCGAGAAUGAGUGGUGGAAAGAAGAGGGCGUGGAACAACUUGGUCAGUGGACGACGGACUUUACUCUGGCGUCGCAACUCUACCACGACUCGAUACUGCCGGAGGAUCAGAGAAAAGAAGAGGAUUGGGAAAAACAGUGCCAACCGCUGUCCGACUUUACGAUGGCUUCGCAAGCGUACACUGAGGCGGUGGAUCCCGUGGUUCAAGACAACGAGUGGAAACAAGAAUGCACUCCUACAUUGGCCGGCGAAUCCUCGGUGGCGACUAAUGGCUACUACGGUGUGGCGGUGACGGAUCGACCGACAAGUGAGGAGGAAGACUGGUGUCAAGGGCGCCCUUUGGCGACUGAGUUUACGGCGACAGUGGAGAAGGUUGACAGGACAACGUCGUCGGUGGAGUUCACGGACGAAGAUUGGGAACAAGGUGAGGCUCCUCUAACUCCUACACCCCAGAUGUCCCACGGGAAGACGUUCACCACGGGACUUCCUAGCGGUCUCUGA